AUGACAGCCACCUUCCCACAUCAGAGUAAAGAUCAACAGAGCGCUAUGGAGGAAAUUGUCGAUAUCGUUCGACAGAUCGGCCGACAACAGGGAGAAAAUGUGUAUUUCCGUACCUGCUACGCCCUUUUCAAACACCUCCAGGACAAGGCCGAGCAAGCGUCCGAGGACCUACUUCACCUACACCAAUCCGGCGCUUUUGGUUUCUCCGAUAACGAAUUCUACCUCGUCUACCAGGUCGCACAAGAACUUCAAGUCUCGGUGCACGACCUGGCUGACCAGGCACUCAAGGCGCAGUUAGCCUGUGAAGAGUUUUGCGAGUUGGACCCCAGCUAUUCGGCCCGUGAGGCUUUCAAAUUUACCGAUACGGUACAAACAGCCGGGAAGUCUGAAGCUGAUGCAUCCCAGGGUGUUUGUGAUAGCCCCCGGUCGAUGCAGUUUAUAAUGCUACCAGUGAAUGACCUCUAA